AUGCUGACGUGGAAUAGUGACUUCGUGUAUGCUAAUCGGCAGCUAUGUGGCAACGCACAGCGCCUCCUUCCGCCUUGCUCCUCCCACCCAUCUCCCCCUUGCCUCCUUCCCCACUGCUCCUCCCACCCAUCUCCCCCUUGCCUCCUUCCCCCCUGCUCCUCCCACCCAUCUCCCCCUUGCCUCCUUCCCCCCAGCUCCUCCCACCCAUUUCCCCCUUGCCUCCUUCCCUCCUGCUCCUCCCACCCACUUCCCCCUUGCUCCUUCCCCCCUGCUCCUCCCACCCACUUCCCCCUUGCCUCCUUCCCCCCAGCUCCUCCCACCCACUUCCCCCUUGCCUCCUUCCCCCCUGCUCCUCCCACCCAUUUCCCCCUUGCCUCCUUCCCCCCUGCUCCUCCCACCCACUUCCCCCUUGCCUCCUUCCCCCCUGCUCCUCCCACCCACUUCCCCCUUGCCUCCUUCCCCCCUGCUCCUCCCACCCACUUCCCCCUUGCCUCCUUCCCCCCUACUCCUCCCACCCACUUCCCCCUUGCCUCCUUCCCCCCUGCUCCUCCCACCCACUUCCCCCAUUGCCUCCUUCCCCCCUGCUCCUCCCACCCACUUCCCCCUUGCCUCCUUCCCCCCUGCUCCUCCCACCCACUUCCCCCUUGCCUCUUUCCCCCCUGCUCCUCCCACCCACUUCCCCAUUGCCUCCUUCCCCCCUGCUCCUCCCACCCACUUCCCCCUUGCCUCCUUCCCCCCUGCUCCUCCCACCCACUUCCUCCUUUCCUCCUUCCCCUCUGCUCCUCCCACCCACUUCCCCCUUGCCUCCUUCCCCCUGCUCCUCCUACCCACUUCCCCCUUGCCUCCUUCCCCACUUGCCCCUUCACACCCAUCUCCCCCCUUGCCUCCUUCCCCCUUGACCCUCCCACCCAUGUUCCCCGUUUCCUCCUUCCCCCCUGCCCCUCUCAACCAUCUUCCCCGUUACCUCCUUCGUCCCAGCCCCACAUCAAGCAGGUGUUCAGCAUUGUGAUAGGCGGGAUCCUCUCAGCCCCCCUUCCCACCCCUUUCUUUUGA